CUGAGCACAGCUCUUCAAGUUUUUAAGUUUCCAGAAUUAUUCCAGGAUUCCUGCUAACAGUCUGACAUACACGCCAACUCACAUCAAGCGCCUUCGGCUUGCGUGAGGGAUUUGUGUUGGAUUUUUCUUAGCGUCUAUAUUAGAUUCUUCUCUUCUUCAAUCAUGAGGGAAUGUAUCUCGAUCCACGUGGGUCAGGCAGGUGUGCAGAUCGGCAACGCCUGCUGGGAGCUGUACUGUCUGGAACAUGGCAUCCACCCCGACGGAGUCAUGCCGUCUGAUAAAUCAGUGGGAGGGGGAGAUGACUCUUUCAAUACUUUUUUCAGCGAGACAGGGGGAGGCAAGCAUGUGCCGAGGGCCGUGUUUGUUGAUCUGGAGCCAACUGUUGUGGAUGAGGUGCGACAAGGCAUGUAUAGACGCCUGUUCCACCCCGAGCAACUCAUCACCGGCAAGGAGGACGCAGCCAACAACUAUGCUCGCGGUCACUACACCAUUGGCAAGGAAAUCGUCGACCUCGUCUUGGAUAGAAUCCGAAAACUGUCUGACCAAUGUACGGGUCUCCAAGGGUUCUUGAUUUUCCACUCUUUUGGGGGAGGAACUGGGUCAGGAUUUACCUCCCUUCUCAUGGAGCGUCUCUCUGUGGACUACGGCAAGAAGUCUAAGCUUGAGUUCUCCAUCUACCCAGCACCCCAGGUAUCCACUGCAGUAGUGGAGCCCUACAACUCCAUCUUGACCACCCACACGACCUUGGAACACUCGGACUGUGCCUUCAUGGUGGACAACGAGGCCAUCUACGACAUCUGCCGCAGAAAUCUGGACAUUGAACGCCCCAGCUACACUAACCUGAACCGUUUGAUUGGCCAGGUUGUCUCUUCAAUCACAGCCUCGCUCCGGUUUGACGGCGCCCUCAACGUGGAUUUGACGGAGUUCCAGACUAAUCUUGUGCCCUACCCCCGUAUCCACUUCCCUCUAGUCACCUACGCCCCUGUCAUCUCGGCGGAAAAAGCCUACCAUGAGCAGUUGUCUGUGGCUGAGAUCACCAACGCCUGCUUCGAGCCGUGCAACCAGAUGGUCAAGUGUGACCCACGUCACGGCAAGUACAUGGCCUGCUGUCUGCUGUUUAGAGGGGACGUCGUGCCUAAAGACGUCAAUGCCGCCAUUGCGACUAUCAAGACGAAGCGCACCAUCCAGUUUGUUGACUGGUGCCCCACAGGCUUCAAGGUUGGCAUCAACUACCAACCACCCACUGUGGUACCUGGAGGUGACCUGGCCAAGGUCCAGCGUGCCGUCUGCAUGUUGAGCAACACCACGGCCAUAGCUGAGGCCUGGGCUCGACUGGACCACAAGUUUGACCUGAUGUACGCCAAAAGAGCAUUUGUCCACUGGUAUGUUGGCGAAGGCAUGGAGGAAGGCGAAUUCUCCGAGGCCCGUGAAGACUUGGCUGCCCUAGAAAAAGACUACGAGGAAGUUGGGGUAGACUCAACGGAAGUGGAACCCGCAGAAGGAGAGGAAGAAUACUGAGUCACGGGACAAGGUCAACAACUGUAAAAAAAAAACACCCCAACUAUUUCUGGAUAGCUGCUGUUAAUUAGCUUCAUAAAAAUUAUAUCAUUUUUAUCGUUUUAAAUGCAAAAAAUAAGUUUAUAUCAGAACUAACACAUAUUUAACACAAAUAAUUGAAUACAUGAUAUAUUAAAUAAAACAAGCUUUGAAAUUGUA